AUGUCCUUCACAGAGAGUCCAUUCUGCGACUCCCCUGCCAUACUCUCAAACAGUCGUGAAUUGAAGUGGGUUCUUGGGGAUUCGCGAGCACGCUUUAUCGCCGCCAGGUCGACCAUGACCAGCAGGGCCAAAAUGCAAGCGUCAUCUCGAGCAUCUAUGCCCACACUCAACUUCAACUCCGACCUCAACAUGCCUCUCCAUGAUCUGACUGAGUCGGAUUACGAGGAGGGUUGUGCCAUCCUCGCCAGGUUGCAGCUUGCGAAUGCGACGCCAGCUCUCUCACGCUUCGACGACGUCAUGAACGAGAACGAAAUCGAGCUGUUGAUCUUGUUGUGCGGGAAGAAGAUCCUGCAGGAGCGUCGCCACAACGAAGGCACGCAGUACCUUGUCGAGUUCACGGAUAUCGAUCCUGCUACUGGCGAGCCAUAUACACCCCGGUGGGUGUGGUGGGUCACGAAUGACGUUUUCAGGGAGUGGACUGCCUCGCACAUUGCCCACAUCAGUGAUGAACUGAGGCCUGCCCGCCUGCCCACGGCGAAGAGAAAGCGAGUAACAUUCUUGCUCGACGACACAGCGAGCAAGCGUCAGAAGCUCGAGCUCGACGACACUCCGGCUACGCAUAAGCCUGCCGAAAUAUGCAGUGAUUUCAUCCAGCAGCUCGAGGACACCGCUAUUGGCAAGCUCCAGCACUCCGUGCAGCUCUCCGCGCACGUCAUCUCCGCGACAUCCCGCCAAUUAGGCACGUUCCCCCAACUGAAGCCGAAGCACCUGGACACCCUCUUCCCCGCGCCGAACAACCUCGGCGAGAAACUGCGCGCAGCUGUCGAGCUUCCUAGUCAUCUUGUUCGGAUGGUUCCCAAGUUGCCGGCUAUCCUGGAAGUUGAGGGGACAUCCCCCGAUGGUGGGGAGGGCAUGUCUAGCGUUCAGAAUGCUGGGGACGAAAUUCUCUGGGAUUCUGGAACAGAGUCUUAUUAUGAGGUGUAG